GAGUCAAAAUUCACCGUCAUAACAUAGCGCACGUGCGGAACAUUGUUAUUUGUUGCCUUUCUAAAAGGCGUUCUCGAUAGAAGAUGGCUAAAAAAUCCGACAAGUUUGCUGACCUCGGAUUGAAACCAUGGAUUACCAAUCAAGUGGAAAAACUAGGAAUACGUCGGCCAACUCCGAUUCAGGUGGCUUGUAUCCCGCCAAUCCUACAAGGCCAAGACUGCAUCGGUGCAGCAAAAACUGGCUCGGGUAAAACAUUCGCUUUCGCGCUACCAAUAUUGCACAAAUUGAGCGAGGAACCAACCAGUAACUUUGCUCUCGUUCUAACACCAACCCAUGAGUUGGCACAUCAAAUUUCGGAGCAGUUUUCUGUCGCGGGUCAAGCAAUGGGAGUUAAAGUGUGUGUUGUCACCGGUGGAACCGAUCAACUGCUUGAGGCCCAGCGGCUCCAGAGUAGGCCCCAUAUCGUUGUUGCUAUGCCGGGACGUUUGGCCGCUCAUUUGACGGGUUGUAAUACUUUUUCGUUCCGAGCCAUGCAGUUUUUGGUUGUGGAUGAGGCCGAUCGUGUGCUGAGUGGGAACUUUGAUGAGGAUCUGCAGGCGAUUAACAAAUUUCUUCCCAAGAAGCGUCAGAACUUGUUCUUCUCCGCAACGCUGAAGGAUUUCACACGAGAAAACAGCGUUUUUCCCAUAACCGAUGAUGCUUUUCAGUGGUCCGAAGAGAGUGAAGUGGCAACGGUGGAAACAUUGGAUCAGCGAUACAUUCUGUGCGCCGAUUAUGAUCGUGAUAUGGUUCUCAUAGAGGCACUCCGUAAAUUCAAAGAGGAACACGAAGAGGCAAGCGUUAUUAUUUUCACCAACUCUAAGAAAGACUGCCAAGUGCUGUCCAUGACGCUAAACAACAUCGGUUUCAAUAAUGUAUGUUUGCACGGGUUUUUGCGGCAGAAAGAACGCGUUGCCGCGUUGAAUAAAUUCAAAUCGAAACAUGUUAGAAUUCUGAUCGCCACAGACGUUGCCAGCCGCGGAUUGGACAUCCCAAAUGUGCAGCUGGUUCUGAACCAUCGGUUGCCAAAGGUAACGAACGAGUACAUUCAUCGAGUUGGUCGCACCGCUCGUGCCGGAAGGAAGGGGCUGGCGAUAUCCGUUUUUCGGUUUCCACGAGAUUUAGAGUUUUUAGGUGAAAUUGAAGCACUCAUCAAUACGAAGCUAACGGAGCAUUCGAUCGAUCAGCGGCUGGUGGAAAGAAUCUUUAUGCAGGUUAGCGUGGCUCGACGGGAGGCGGAGAUGAAGCUCGAUAACAAGGACUUCGAUGAACGGCAGCACAACUAUAGACGGAAAAAGUGGAUUGCAGACGGGCUGGAUCCGGAUGAGAUGGAGCUUAAAUGGAAGCAAGAGCAGGAAGCCAGAGGACUUGAAAGGAAAAGACGCCUGAAGGAGGAAAACAAGAAGCGCAAACAGAUGACAAAUAAGGAGUCAAUCAUUAACCCAGCUACGUUAUAAUCGUUUCCUUAUUUUUGUAAAUAGUCGUUAGAAGUAAGAUUUCAAAGUAUAUUUUCUGAAACUGA